CCAUGUCAUGUUACGUGUGGGAGUUUCAAGUGUGCAAAUUAAGUCUAUAAAACGUGCAGAGCUACAGCAAACCGUAUCCGAGACUGAUUAUCAUCACAUGUACGACACUGUCACUAUUCCCGUGGAGACUACUAACUAUGUCUUCUGUACUCCUAAUAUUUUGCUGCCUCCUUGGUCUGGGGUCAGCCUGGAACCAACCGAGCACCUGCUAUGUUAGGAGCCAAUCCAGUGGAACCGAGACACAGCUAACAAAGAUUAGUGAAUCACUCGAAUAUCUAUCAGAGCUGGAACACAUUCGUGAAGCACUGGAAACUAUUGCCGACAGAUUGCUGGAUGCUGAAGGAAAUGCAAGUGCACCGGUGUCAACUACCAGCAUGCCAACAGCAGCCACAUCAACCAUGGAAGCAACAACUGCCACUACCAGUGAACCAACAGCAGCCACAUCAACCAUGGAAGCAACAACUGCCACUACCAGUGAACCAACAGCAGCCACAUCAACCAUGGAAGCAACAACUGCCACUACCAGUGAACCAACAACUGCCACAUCGACCAUGGAAGCAACAACUGCCACUACCAGUGAACCAACAGCAACCACAUCAACCAUGGAAGCAACAACUGCCACUACCAGUGAACCAACAGCAAUGACCACAGACCCACCAACUGCUUCUGACACUUGUGGUGGACCAGGAUGGACGAGAGUGGCCUACAUUAACAUGACCGACCCCAACCAACAAUGCCCUCAAGGACUUCAACUGACAGACUAUUCGAUAAGAUCAUGUGGUCGUCCACCAACGCCUAGUUUUGGUGUUUGCGACUCUGUCAUGUUUCCAGUGGGUGGUGUCCAAUACAGGCAGGUGUGUGGGAGAGCAAUAGGUUAUCGGUUUGGAUACCACAACGCAUUCUAUGGAUACUAUGGUGUAGGUAGGAAUACUGUCGACGUUCAAUAUGUCGAUGGACUCAGUGUUACGCAUGGGCAUUCUCCACGCACACAUAUCUGGACGUUUGCCAGUGGUCGUUUUAAUGGAAUCGGUGACGGGGGGAACUCUAUCCUUCGCUGUCCUUGUGAUGAGGGGAACACUUAUGGUUCACCUCCAUUUGUGGGAAAUGACUACUUCUGUGAUAGUGAGGCCAUACCUACUAACUUAAACCUGGUUAGUUUCUAUCCCAACAAUGCGCUGUGGGAUGGUCAGUCGAGCCUCAACACAUGUUACAAUGACAAUAAUCCUCCGUGGUUUACGAAAACUCUAUCAACUCCAACUACUGAUGACAUUGAGCUACGAAUGUGCUUCAGUAAUCUCAGCACACACGCUAACAUUGGACUUCAGCUCAUGGAACUAUACAUCAGUUGAAGUGAUUGUAAAGGAAUAAACAUUUUUGCUGCAUGACUUAUUAACUCUACAAGUUUAGCUGAGUGAGAACAUAUACAUGCAUGAACACUAUACAAGUGCCUAGUCUUG